GGAACAUCAUAAAUGAUUGCAAUAAUGUGGCAAACAUGGCUUACUGUUUUGUGGAACUGUUUACUGGUCUUACCGUUUGCAGGUCAUACUAUGGCUGCUACCGGACAGCAGAAUUGUUAUUCAACUCUUGACUGCAACUUUGAGUCCAAUUCGCUGUGCAGUUGGAUAAAUGUUCAAAGUAACGACGAUUUUGAUUGGACGCUGCACAAAUUAACCACACCUUCUGACAACACCGGGCCGAACGCUGAUCACACACAUGGUAACUCACAAGGUACAUACAUCUAUAUCGAAAGCAGUGCACCGCGAUUAAGUGGCGAGGCUGCGACGCUUCAAAGUCAAGUCGUGAAACCACACGGUAGGGGAUCGGUAACGCUUACCUUCUGGUACAAUAUGUACGGAAACAGCAUAGGGCAGCUAAGCGUGUAUGUCCUGCCAACCAUCAACAUGACGUCAUUUCCUGGUAUCCGGGUUUGGUCGUUGUCUGGCGACCAAGGGAAGGCCUGGCACCAUGCCAACAUCACCUUCGAUUAUACAGGCGAAUUCCAUGUGCUGAUUGAAGGGACAGUAGGAAAUGGAUAUUUGGGUGACAUUGCCAUCGACGACCUAACCUUCAGUGGUAACUGUAUUGACCCAACACAUUUGACAACCCGUACAGUAUCUACAACAACAGCGUUUCCACCACAGUAUGCCCUCAACUGUAGUGUGUGUAGCAACGCCACAGACCUUGGACAGUGUAGCUGGACGCUGUGUGACCUGCGAGUUGAGGAAUGCUACACAGAGCAAGUGUUGACAAGCCAUGACAUAAUGUAUAUGGCUGGCUGCCAACCGUUACAGCAAUGCCAGGGCACAGCUUCACUCAUUGGAAAACGACAGACUAAGGACACCGUAAUAUGUUCCAGAUGUUGCCGGUCAGAUGGCUGUAACAGUCGUUUGUGUGGUAUAAGACCUCACGUGAACCCCCAUUCCUGUCUUGCCUGCAGUUCAAUAUCCACCGCACAGCAAGGUGAUGUUCUAGAUCCAGCGAAAUGUACAACAUACGGUGUUUGUGACUACAACGAGGCAUGUUUUGCGGGGACUGAGUACCAGGCAUAUAGCCCCUUAAAAUACCGUUACGGAUGUGAGCACAAAGAGAUGUGCAAACUAUUGAUGCAAAGGGUUUUCGCACACAUGGAUAGUUGUCAUGGUCACGAAGGAGAGGAAGGGUGUCGUUUGGUGCCAGAGAGCGCUUGUCAGGUCUGUUGUACUGACGAUGGCUGUAAUUAUGGUUCGUGCCAGGAAAUUAGAGAGAACCUCUACCGACUCUACAAGCAUGGCCGCUUCGAUUUACACACUCUGAAAAUAACGAAUCCGAAGUGAAUUGUAUCAAAUAAAUUGUGUUGUUUACAUAAAAGGUGAUACA